AUGGUGAAAAGAAAGCUUGGGGCCUUGGAAAAGGUCGAAGCUGACCUGCCCAAUCUGCAGCAUAAGAUUCGCAGAGAUCCGAAAUCAUAUAUCGAAGAUUUUCGCGCCCAGCACUACCAAUAUGAGUCGCAUCGCGAAAUUUUCAUGGCUGCGCCGACCGCCGCAACGGAUACCGGUAUCAUUUCUCUCCGUGAAUUGAUCGACUUCAUCUCGCACGUCGCCGAUUGUUAUCCGGAUAUCUUGAAGGACUUCCCGCAGCAGCUCAUCGACAUGCUGAUGCAGCACCACCUGGUGCUGGAGCCGGAAUUGAGGGAAAAGCUGGUAGGAAGUCUGGUUCUGUUGAAAAAGAAGGAUCUUUUGGACUCCGCAACGUUGCUCCAUACCCUAUUCCCAAUUCUCAUCACUACGCCUAGCAAGACCCUACGUGCUCUUCUUUUCCAGAAGAUCUUGUCCGAACUUCGCAAUGCCAACUCCAAAACCACCAACCACAAGCUUAACCGCACUAUGCAGACUGUUCUCUUCAACUUGGUGACAUCGGAUCGCACCAGUUCUAAAGCUCUCUGGGCCAUUAAACUGACAAGAGAGCUGUGGAAGCGUCAGAUCUGGACUGAUGCGAAGGCUGUUGAGGUCAUGAAGGAGGCCAGUUUGUCCGAGAACGAGAAGGUCAUCGUUGGCGGCGUUCGCUUCUUCCUUGGUGGAGACAAGGAACGUGAGGAGGCUGAAGACGAUAGCAGUGAUGACGAGGCCAUCGAUGUUGGACGUAUCAAGCAUCAACUUGGUAUCAAUAAGAAGACCAAGAAGAAGGCUCGUGUUGCCGAAAAGGCCAUGGCUAUGCAUAAGAAGAAGGAGCGCAAGAAGAAUGCGCCGCACCCUCUGAAUUUCUCGGCACUUCACCUGCUGCACGAUCCUCAGGGAUUCGCAGAUUCGCUGUUCUCUCGACAUCUGCAAAGUACCAAGGCGAAGCUGAACCUUGAAAACAAGCUUCUUGUCUUGCAGCUGGUUUCGCGUCUAGUGGGUCUGCACAAGCUUCAUAUCAUGUCGCUUUAUUCCUACUUCCAGAAGUUCCUCACCCCUCGUCAACCUUCCGUCACCUCUUUUCUCGCAUCCUUGGCUCAGGCAUCGCACGAUCUGGUUCCUCCCGAUGUUCUUGAGCCUUUGGUUCAGAAGAUCGCGAAUGAGUUCGUCUCCGAAGCUUCUGCUGGAGAGGUUGCUACUGCUGGUCUUAAUGCCAUUCGAGAAAUUUGUGUUCGACAGCCUCUGGCAAUGAACGAAACCCUGCUGCAGGAUCUUGUCAUGUAUAAGAAAAGUAAAGACAAGGGUGUUAUGAUGGCUUCCAAGGGUCUUCUCAGUCUCUACCGUGAUGUCGGUGCGUCAAUGCUCAAGAAGCGCGAUCGCGGCAAGGAGGCAUCCAUGAGCCUUCGUGCUGGCGAAAAAUUGGGUAAGAGAUUUGGUGAGCAAGAAGCUGGUGGGAUUGAAGGUCUUGAGCUUCUGGAGAAAUGGAAGGAAGAGGAGCGCCGCAAGAAGCGUCGCGAGACGGGCCUGCCUUCUGAUGGCGAAGAUGACGACGAGGAAGAUGAGGCGGAGAAUUGGGCCAACUGGAAUGUUGAGGAUGAUGAUGAUAGCGACGAUUCAGGCGAUUGGGUCAACGUUCAGAGUGAUGUUGAAAUCGAACUCAGCGAUUCCGAGGAUGAAGGCAAGGCUCCUCCCUCAAAGAAGGCUAAGCAGACUGAGGAGGAAGCAAAGGCGGAGGCCGAGGAGAACGACAAGGCCGAUCAAGAUGCCUUCUCUAAGCUCGCUACCACAAAAAUCCUGACCCCUGCCGAUCUGGCGAAACUGGCCGAGCUCCGUGCCGAGGCUGCUGUUGAUGCCGCUCUUCCUGGAUCGAAGUCUCGCCGUGCCACCCAGAAUACUUCUCGUCAUACCGAUGACCCCUUGACUGCCGAGGAGAUUGAGGGUCUUGCCGCCUUGUCUGCCGGAAAGGCCACUCGUGAGGAGCGUAUUGCUCAUGCUCGUGAAGGCAAGCCAGACCGGUCCGAGCACAAGAGUAAGGAGGCGAAGCGCAAGGAGCGCAAGCAAGAACAAGGAAAGAGUACUACCAACAAGGAGAAGGCUCGCCGUAAGAACUUCCUGAUGACGCUGGGCAAGGCGCGGAGCAAGAACAAGCGGAGUCUGGUGGAAACUCGUGCUGUGCUCAAGGCGCAUCACGAUCGCCAGAGGAGAGGUGGAAAGAGAGGUAAUGUGGGAACAUCACAUUAG